GCAUGGGCUCUGCUGCCCGAGCCGCCGCCACUGCUGCCUUCUGCUCCUCUUGUCCUCUCUGCCUUCCUCUGAGCUCUCCCGGCCUGAGCGAGGGCUCAGUCCAGGCAGUCGCUCGCGGCCCGUUCCGGUCCGGCUCGCGGCAGGAUCCCGCCUGACCCCCGGCAAAGUUUGCUUGGCCCCGGACUCAUCUUCAACUGUCAAGAGCUGUCAGCGGAAAUGAUGAGACCUUGGCCAUUUUCCGAGUCCGGGUUUCCUUCCUGAGCCCGAUCUCAGUCCCCCUGCCUCGGCCCCGGCAAUGAAUGGGCCGGCCCUUCAGCCUUCACCCUCCUCGAACCCCCGGGGCUGGAGUGAAUUCUGCGAACUUCAUGCUGUGGCCACGGCCAAGGAGUUGGCCAAGCAAUAUUGGCUGUUUGCCAGCGAGCACCCCCAUCAUGACCUACUGGGGGCUGACCACUUCUCCCUGCAGUUCACGGACCUCUUCCAGCAGUAUUUUCGACACGAGGUGAGAGAGGGCUGGGCCGUGCACCAGCUGCGGCUACGGCCCAUCACCUCCCGAGUGCGGGACUAUCGGGAGACUGGCAGGAGGCACACAGACGGCUCGGCGACACCCCCCAAAGCGGAGGCGCCUUGCGACGCCAGCGAGCGGGCCCCGGAGGUCACCUCCCAGACCCUACCCAAAUCCCGGAGUUCAGAGGAGCUCACAGGAGGGGCCUCACCUCUGGCCUCUCCCCGCUCCAUCGCGCAUUGCUCUUUCCACCACCUUCGAAGGAGCCUUCGCCAUAUCUUUCGACGCCGUCCCUCAGAAACUCUGGUUGCUGCGGAAGGAGCAGGUGAGGGGGAGGCAGGCGACCCCCCUUCUAAACAGGGCCUGGCCAAGAAAAUCCUGCCCUGGAGCCUGGCCAGGGAGCCGGCUCCUGAGGCGAGAAAGGAGGGUGUCCUCAAAUACGGCCUAGUGGACGAAGCCACCAUGGACAGCGGGGCCCUUCGGCAGCGGGGUCGGCUGGUGUUGAGGAAGGUGGUGAGCGGGGAAGGCGGUGAAGACUACGUCCUGGAGCUCUUUGAUCCCCCCAAGGGUUCGAAGCCCAAGCUCCAGGCUGCUUGUUCUUCCAUUCAUGAGAUCCGGAGAUGCACACGGCUAGAAAUGCCUGACAACCUUAACACUUUUGUCCUUAAGGUGAAUAAUUUAACCGACAUCAUCUUUGAGACAGGAGAUGAGCAGCAGCUGAAUUCCUGGACAACAGAGAUCAGAGAAUGCAUGAACCGAGGCAGGUUAGAAGGAGCUGACCUAGAAUCACACGCCCCCUCACUUCCAGACCCUGGUAUAUCCAACUCCCCCAGUGGGAGCACCGACUCUCUUAACCAAGGUGCCUCACCUGGGGGACUGCCUGACCAGGCCUGUCAGAAAACAGACCACUUCCUCUCCUGUUAUCCCUGGUUUCACGGCCCCAUCUCCCGAGUGAAGGCGGCUCAGCUAGUGCAGUUACAGGGUCCUGCAGGUCAUGGAGUGUUCCUGGUUCGGCAGAGUGAGACACGACGGGGAGAAUAUGUCCUCACAUUUAACUUCCAGGGCAGAGCCAAGCAUCUGCGCCUGUCACUGACUGACCGAGGGCACUGCCGGGUGCAGCAUCUACACUUUCCCUCCAUCGUGGACAUGCUGCAUCACUUCCAGCGCUCCCCCAUCCCCCUCGAGUGCGGGGCUGCCUGUGACGUCAAGCUCUCCAGUUACGUGGUGGUUGUCUCGCACACGCCAGGUUCAAGCAACACAGUUCUGUUCCCUUUCUCUGUCCACCACUGGAAUUCUGAAUUGGGCCUUCCUCACCUUAAUUCCUCUGGCUGUUCCCACAUGCUUAUCCCCGAGGACCUCCCGCCAUCCAGGUCCUCUCCUUCCGAGCAGAUCUUCCACCUGCUGCCUCCACCUGAGGAACUGGCCAACAGCCUACGGCACAUGGAGCAGUCAGCAGAGCCCCCGAACCAACCCCGGGACUCAGAUUACGAGACAGAUUCACCUAACAGGGGUCACAUCCGGGCCAUAGACAAUCAGUACACGCCUCUCUGAAGAACGGCUGGUGGCAGCCUCCUCCUCCACUUGGCAAUGCCACCCCCAGUCCGCCCCAGCCUCACAGAAGCAUCAUGCACUUUUACCUGUCGAGCUGGGGACUUCUGAAUGUACCUCUUUAUCUUUCUUCUUGCUAGACAGAGAUUGUACAAGGGAUGUUGUUGAUUGUUCAUUCCCGUUUGGAUGCUGCCCUACUAGGCCUGUUUUUACUCUACAACUUUCUAAUCACUGUUUACAGAAGUAGUUGCUGUUGAGUUGCCCAUAUCCACAUUGCUUUCAAGGGCUGUCGAUGAAGUCGGGCGUCCCGGAGGGUUCGCCUGCACACCUUCUGCCCUCGCCUAGCCCAGCCCAGCCACUGUGGCUGCACACAAGUGCACAAGGAGGGAUCCAAAUGACACAGGGGUCCAGAGGCCAUGGCAGAAUAUGUACUUUCCCUUUCAUGAACAAAUGGGCAAAGACAAGUGGACAAAUUUCUAAUAAGUGGGUCAGGAAACCCAAAACACUAAUGCCCCAGAAUACAAAUGGAGAUUUUUGUUUUCUAUUUCAGUAGAAAUCUGUGUCACCGGCUGAGGAAGAGGAAAAGGCAGGUCAGCCAUGUCUCCUGCCACAGCUCGCCAACACUCUGGCUAACACUGCUUCCACCUGCACUCUCUGAACAAAGGGCGAGUUUGAGGCUUAUCCACAAAGUUAAACAAACAAAAAAACCAAACAUUUUUACCUCAGAUUAGUUCUUAAAGGAGGUUUCUAACCUAAACGGUUGCUUGCUUUUUAUUGCACUGUUUAGACUAAUAAAAACAAUAUUUUUGUAGUUAAAAUUUGAGAUAUGCAAAUGUUACUUCACUAGCUCAUGGUUCCACACCCCAAUGGGCAUGUUUUGGUCCCCUAAUGAAUUCUCAAGAAAAACCAUUUUUCCAUUCUAAAAAAAUAACAAUGGGCUGCCAUCAGAAACAAACUGCAAAAAGUGAAAUGUGUCACAUCUCGAGGGAAACGAACAAGUGUGACUGCCUUGGGAGGACGGUGACGGAGAGUUCUAUCCUGGUGCCUUAUUUAUAAAAAACUGGCUUCUGUUCACUUCCUGACUGGCAUUAGUUGGGAAGAGGGGAAUCACGAUUCCCAGACCCUUCUGAAUAAAAUUCUUCACUAAAGGUGGUGGGGGGUGGGGGGGUGCCCACAACACUCAAAGUUCUGGUAAUGUUUCCAAUGAUCCCGUGAAUAAGGUAUUUUUAUUAUGGAACCUAAAAUGGGAGCUAGGAUUUCAGGGCCAUCACCAGUAAGCCUGUGUAGAGUAUUCAGUGCAUAAUAAACUUCCUGUUCUAUUCGCAAGCCA